UGUCGAUAACUCGUCAGCAGGCCAGGUGAAAUCAGGAGAUAUUUAUUUGAUUGCAUUGCCGGCUGUGCGUGGGAAUGUGCGUUGGUCAGAGAAGCGAGCGAAUCAACUAAGGUAUCCUGCUACUGCUGCGAGUAAACCGGCACCCUCGGCGAGCAACAACAAACGCACCUUGCACCGCAUAUAUAAGUUUUCUGGAGGAGAUUGGCCGAUCUCGUGUUAACAAUGGCAACGGUGGCCCUGCUCUCGCGGCAGCGCAUGCUUGCCUGCUCCUUGCGGAUGGUAAGAGGUGCCCACUCCAGGUGCCUGACGGUGAUGCCCAGAACUACGAGCCCGCCAAGCCAUUCCUGGCCCUUCGCGGAUCACCGAGGCCUGCUCCUGCCCACCGCCUCCACCCGCAUCAAUCGCUUCAGCCACAAGUCGGCGGACCCGGCGGCGGCGGCAGCUCCAUCACCCGCGGACAACAAGGAUGCGAAGGCCGUCAGUAGCACCUCGUCCACUGAUCUUUUCGGCGAGGCGGCCAACAUGGGUCUGUUCGCCAAGUUCAAGCACAUGUACAAGCAGUACUGGUACGUGCUCAUCCCGGUGCAUGUGCUCACGUCAGUGGGCUGGUUCGGAGGCUUCUACUACCUGUCCAAGAGUGGCGUCGACGUGCCCGCUCUGCUGCAGUAUGUCCACCUGAGCGAGAACAUCAUCGAAAAGGUGCAAGGCUCGGAUAUGGGCCACUACGCCAUCGCCUAUCUGUGCUACAAGGUGGCCACGCCCCUGCGCUACGCCCUCACGUUGGGUUGCACCACCGUGUCCAUUAAGUACCUGGUGCAGCACGGAUACAUCAAGCCCAUGCCCACCAAGAACGAGCUGAUCAAGAUGUACGAGGACAAGAAGGCCACGCGGGCCAGCGCCAAGGCGGACAAGGCCGAGAAGGACGAAAGCAAAUGAUCCACGGCCACGGGCGAGGACACCGCCUAUUCAGCGGUGUCGUUGCCGUUACCACAGUCACAAGAUCCUAAACCGCCGCCACCGCUGCUGCCAUUGUCAAUGCCCCAAAGGAUCGGCGACCAGCAGCGAUCGGCCGCCGGCGAGCGGCGAGCAGUUGACCUGUUGUCUUUUUUGUUAAACUGCCGCCGCUCCUGCUGGCACUGGUGCUCAACGAACCUAACUCUUGUCCGGAAUCACAGUCGAUCACAAAAGCAACAGCCGCCGCCGCACUGAGUUGCCGAUGCAUACACGCCCACAAUCCACAUUUAAAUUCCCACAAUCCCACCCAUCCCACGGACUCAGAUUCAGAUUCAGAUACUUCCUCGGAGUUGCAUAUGUAAUUUGCCUAUAGUUUCUGUUGCAGUUACGAAACCGCUGGACGUCGUCAAUAAAAAACCAAAACAUAAUACACGAAGAAACAUAAAACACAGAUCCGUAGGACGUGGAGUUCAGUAGUAGUUAUUUAUAGAUAUAUUUUGUAAAUGUGAGAAAGUUGUCGCAAAACAAUAAUAACUUAACUCUUAUUAUAUUAAAAUACAAAUAAAAAGAAGCAGAGGCCUCAGUUCAAGGGCGUAAUCCGAAUCGCCCGAACGGGGGUCCAAAUUGUUGACAAAUAA